UUGCAUAACCAGUUUUUUCUUGCAGCAGUAUUUAAAGCCUGGGGUCCCAGCGAGUCCUGUCCUCCUCAUGCUCCUCUGUUACAGUAGCACUUAGUUCUUCCUCAGCACAUCUGUUUACCGCUCGUCUGCUGCAGAAAUGGCCACAGCUGGUAAGGUAAUCAAGUGCAAGGCUGCGGUGGCCUGGGCGCCCAACAAGCCUUUGGUGAUGGAGGACAUAGAGGUGGCCCCGCCCCAGGCCCACGAGCUCCGCAUCAAGAUUGUCGCGACCGGCGUGUGCCACACGGACCUGUACCACCUGUUUGAGAGCAUGCACAAGGACGGCUUCCCAGCGGUCCUGGGCCACGAGGGAGCCGGGAUCGUGGAGAGCGUGGGGCCUGGAGUCUCUGAGUUCCAGCCAGGAGACAAGGUGAUUCCUCUGUUCAUCUCCCAGUGCAGGGAAUGUCGCUUCUGUAAGAGUCCUAAGACCAACCAGUGUGAGCAAGGAUGGGCUGCCGAUCGUUACGAUGUGAUGGCAUUACCAGACUCCAGGUUCACCUGUAAGGGCAAGAAGAUCCUGCAGUUUAUGGGAACCAGCACUUUCUCUGAGUACACGGUGGUGAAUCAGAUGGCUGUGGCCAAGAUCGACCCCGCUGCUCCUCUGGACAAAGUGUGUCUGCUCGGAUGUGGGAUCUGCACAGGGUUCGGGGCUGCAGUCAAUACUGCUAAGGUGGAGCCCGGGUCCACAUGUGCCGUGUUCGGUCUGGGAGCUGUGGGUCUGGCUGCAGUCAUGGGCUGCAAGUUUGCAGGAGCCAAGAGGAUCAUCGCCGUGGACAUCAACCCAGACAAGUUUGAGAAGGCCAAGGUGUUCGGGGCGACCGACUUCGUGAACCCCAAGGACCACAGCGAACCUGUCAGCAAAGUGCUGUUUGAGAUGACCAACGGAGGAGUGGACUAUUCCCUGGAGUGCGUGGGGAACGUGGAGGUCAUGCGCAGCGCUUUGGAGUCUUGUAUCAAAGGUUGGGGCGUCAGCGUGUUGGUCGGGUGGACAGACCUCCAUGACUUCGCCGCCCGACCCAUUCAGCUCAUCGCUGGCCGCACAUGGAAGGGAUCGCUGUUCGGAGGGUUCAAGAGUAAGGACGGCGUUCCUGACAUGGUCAAAGCCUACCUGGACAAGAAGGUGAAGCUGGACGAGUUCAUUACCCACAACAUGCCCCUGGAGAAGGUCAACGAUGCCAUCGCACUGAUGAAGCGCGGCGCAUGCAUCCGCUCGGUCCUGAGUGUUUCUCCACAAUGAAGCCUUUGUCUUCUUAUUUCAGCCAAGAUGAGUUAAUGACCUGCAGCUGUGAUAGUCCCAACGUUCACAAACACACUGCAAGACAUAUAAAGACGUCCUUCGUGUUAUUACAUAUACAGUAUAUGCGUGUUACACUGGUUAGAGAUAGAUUUCAUGUAACUAAAAACUAAACAUGUCAAAGUGUUUAUGAGGCCAAAUAAAUGAUUGAACAGA